AUGGAGAUGCAAUCCUAUUAUGCCAAGCUCUUGGGGGAGCUGAAUGAACAGCGGCAGAGGGACUUCUUCUGCGACUGCAGCAUCAUCGUGGAAGGGCGGAUCUUCAAGGCCCACAGGAACAUCUUGUUUGCCAACAGCGGCUACUUCCGUGCCCUGCUGAUUCACUACAUCCAGGACAGCGGGCGGCACAGCACCGCCUCCCUGGACAUCGUCACCUCUGACGCCUUCUCCACCAUCUUAGACUUCCUCUAUUCUGGGAAGUUGGAUUUGUGUGGGGAGAACGUGAUUGAAGUUAUGUCGGCUGCCAGCUACCUGCAGAUGAACGACGUGGUGAACUUCUGCAAGACAUACAUCAGAUCCUCCCUUGACAUCUGCAGAAAGAUGGAGAAGGAGGCUGCGGUGGCGGCCGCAGUGGCUGCAGCAGCAGCAGCCGCGGCAGCGGCCGCAGCAGCUGCCGCAGCUCAUCAGGUGGACAGUGGAAGCCCCAAGAAAGGGACCCCCGGUGAGACCAAGAGCUUGGUCUCUCCAGCCGAGGGGGAGGAGAGGGUGGACAGACAAAGAGAGCCCCCCAGUGGUGAUUGCAGAGGCUGCUGCCCUCUGGAACUGGUGGGGAAAGGCAGCCAGGGCAGUGGCUGGGCCGACAGUGACCGCUCCUCUCGGCCGGAACAGAUGGAGCCCAAGGUGGAGUUGGGUGCUGUGGAGGUGGAGGUGGAGAUGGACGGACAGCUGCAGCCUCCUGCCACCCCACUGAGCCUGGCCCACCGGGAGGAGGGUUUGCCCAGUGGCCAGGCUAUCGACUUGGCUUACAGCAACUACCAUGUUAAGCAGUUCCUAGAGGCACUCCUGCGCAACAGUGCCGUCCAGAGCAAAGAGGAUAUGGACCAGCACUUUUCUCGGAGUUUGGAGGGAAGACCAGAUGGUGCAGGAGUAGCAGCCAUGAGUUCCGUGAUGGAUGUGCAGACUGACUGGUAUGGAGAGGACUCAGGUGACGUGCUGGUGGUGCCCAUCAAGCUGCACAAGUGUCCUUUCUGCCCCUACACCGCCAAACAGAAGGGCAUCCUGAAGCGGCACAUCCGCUCGCACACGGGGGAGCGGCCCUAUCCUUGUGAGACCUGUGGCAAGAGGUUCACUCGGCAGGAGCACCUGCGGAGUCACGCGCUCAGUGUUCAUAGAUCCAACCGUCCAAUCAUCUGCAAGGGCUGCAGAAGAACCUUCACGAGUCAUGUGUCGCCGGGGCUGCGGCGCUUUGGGCUGUGUGACAGCUGCACCUGCGUUACAGACACGCAUGACGACGAUGACGAAUUGAUGCCCAUCAACCUCAGCCUGGUGGAGGCGUCGUUCGAGAGCCAAGAAAAGAGUGACACAGACAAUGACUGGCCGAUCUACGUGGAGUCUGGGGAGGAAAACGACCCCGCCGGAGAGGAUUCUGAUGACAGACCCCAAAUUCAGCCCAACUUAUCUGGUGGAGAGACGCUUACGUAG